AUGACAGUCUCCGACACUGCAUAUCGAUCGGGUCAUAAAAUUACAAAUUAUACAUCAUAUAAGAAUGUAUCAGACAUUGGAAAAUACUUCAGCGAUUCGAAGGAUUUCUACCUGGAGACCAUUGAUAUCGGCUUCACCGUGCAACGUAAUCAACCAAGAGUGGUCAUAAAUCUUAUUAUACCAAUAUACUGCAUAACCCUUAUGGACGGAUUUAUGUAUAUAUUUGGCUAUGGUAUGCAACGAGCAUAUCUACUUCCAGUGUAUAUCACCUUUUUCACGGAUAUCUCGUCCAUUUACACUGUCUCCAGGCUUCCUCAUAUAGUUCGUUGGUUUUUCGCUCGUCUAUUCUCCACAUCAACCUGCCUCAUUGCACUUAUCUUCACAAAGGAACUUUCACGAUGUUCACGACGUUUUCUGGCCAUCGUGGCCACUACGGCUAUUUUCUAUGCGAUUUUCUCGUUACCAUAUGAUAUUUUUGAAUCGUCUACGUAA